AUGGGGAAAAACGCCGUGUCAAGAAGGGAGGAAAAGGCCAAGUCGGUAAGAAAUGGGGAAAAUAAAAAACGCCGUGUCAAGAAGGGAGGAAAGGGCCAAGUCGGUAAGAAUGGGGAAAAACGCCGUGUCAAGAAGGGAGGAAAGGGCCAAGUCGGUAAAAAUGGGGAGAAACGUCGUGGUGAAAAAGGCAUAAAGUAUGGUGCCGUCAAGAAAGAAGGCAGACUCCAAGAAGGUGCACAUCGAAGAAAGGAGAAGAAAGAUCGCCGCGUCAAGAAAGUGAAAGGAGGUAAGAAGGGGAAGAACAUGAAACAGAAAAAAAACAAGAAGCAUAAGAAUGGUGGCUCUCAAAAGGUCAAAGCCACCAAGACUAAGAAAUUAAAAUCAAAAAAAUAUCGAGGCAAGACAGCGAUGAAGAAAGGUAAAAAAAAUCAUAAGAAAACAAGAAAAGAAAACAAGGAGAAGAAAGAGAAAGGUGAUAAAAGAAAAAAGAAACUUAACAAAAAAGACCUCAAAAAUAAGAACGAUCGCAAAAAGGACAAAAAUAUGAGAAACAAAAACAAUGGAAAGGCGAAAAAACACGGGGGAAAGAAAUUAAAAAAACUCAAAAGUACCAAUACAAAGAAAAACAAAGACAAGAAAGGAAACAAAAAGAAUAAAAAGGAAAAGAAGAAGAAAACAGAGCUAGAUAGGAAACCUGGUAAAGGAAUAAGGGAGAAAGUGGCUCAGAAGAAAGAAAAAGAACAGGGAAAAGAAGAACGAUAUUCCUCCUCCGGGAAAAGCAAAGAACGACCUUACAGGAAAAAGUGUAAAGCUACCAAAAAGUGCACUAAAGCCGGGGGAAAGUGCCAGCCCAAAGGCAAGUGCAAGACCAAAGUUGCCGCGAGCAAGUGCAAAGGAAGGUCGUGUGAGUGCUGCCUCUCAGCUUGCGCAUUUAAGCCUAAAAAGAAAUGCACUAAAUACAAGGGCUUGUGCAAGACAAAGUGCGACGUGAAGGAGCAACUGAUUGCCAAGGGUUGCAUGAAGAAGAAGUGUGUGUGUUGUGCCAAGCCUUGCAAGCCCACGACAGUGUGCACCUCUCUAGGAGGUUACUGUGUGCAGAGCAAGAAGUCCUGUGUUGGUUUGGUCGACAAAGAUGAAUGCAAGGGAGCCAAAUGCUUCUGUUGUUAUCCAACAACCACUACCACGAAUUCUACAGUAACUACCACGACAUUCAACACGACAGCCACAUCUACCACUACAAGAACGACAGUAUUCAACACGACAAUCCAAGCGUCCAAUACAACCCUGCAGUCUACCACGACAAUCUCACUGUCUAACACAACAGCAUCCAACACGACAACCGUACCUUUCCAAUACGACAACAAUAACAUCCAACACGACAACCGUACCUUCCAAUACGACAACAAUAACAUCCAACACGACAACCGUACCUUCCAAUACGACAACAAUAACAUCCAACACGACAACCGUAACUUCCAAUACAACAACAUAACUUCCAACACGACACUCUCAUCGUCUAACACAACAACAUCAACGUCCAACACAACAACCGCAGCUGCCAAUACAACUGUAGCAUCCAAUACAACAACUACAGUUUCCAAUGCUACAACAACAACAACCAACGUGACAACUGCUUCAGUUACUACAACCACCAAUGCUACACUGGCUAACCUCACUGCGCAGCUCAACCAACUACUCUCCGCCAUAAAUUCGACAAAUCAAGCAAUUUCGGCUCUUCAAGCCCUUCAAUCUCUACUUCAGACUCUUGCGGCUCAAAUUAAUGCUUCAAUUGGUGGUGGAAGGAAGAAACGCGAUGCUCCACAAGAUAUCCUAGAUAUUUUAUCUCUUACCGAAGAAAUGUCAAUCGCAGGAUCACAAGGCAAUGAUAGCGGUGUGGCACUGUUGAUACCCGUGGUAUACGCGAAGGAGACCAUUGUGAUCCAAACAAUACAAAAUAUUGCCAAUGGGAAUUACGUGAACUCUUACGCCCUGCAGUUGGCCGUAGUAACAGCUUAUUCGAAUGUCGUAACUUGCAUCACCAUCUUGGGAGGAAGGAGAAGUCAACUAACUACUGCUAUAGCCUACGUACAGUCCUGGAUGAACCAGUUGGGAGCGACCACAGUCACUGUACCCACCGUUCCUGUCAUUAUACCCUCCUUCACUACUAACACACCUACCCAGACAACUACAACGCCCAAUGCAACUGUAUCGUCAAACACGACAACAACGCUCAAUGCAACUGUAUCGUCAAACACGACAACUACUCCACCAUCCACGACCACCAAUGCAACACUGGCUAGUCUCACUGCUCAGCUCAACCAAUUACUCUCUUCCAUAAAUUCAACAAAUCAAGCAAUUGCGAGUCUUCAAACCCUUCAAUCACUACUUACUGCUUUUGCUUCUGCAAUUAAUGCUUCAAUAAAUGGUGGUCGAAGGAGGAGACGUGAUGCAUCAGCAGAUAUUCAGGGAAUUAUACAAAUCGCAUCAAACAUGGAGAUCGCGAUGGCAGUAGGAAACGACUCAGGUGUAAAUAUUCUGACUGCCCAAGUCCUCGUGAUGCAAGGCAGUGUGAUCUCAUAUAUACAAAUGUUAUCCAUUGGAGCUUUCCAACCCAGCUCCAGCCUUCUAACAGAAGUGCAGAUAGCCAUUUACGGCUUAGGUUCCUGCAUAGGUGUUGCAGGAGCGAGGAGAACUAAGCUGGUGAGUGAUAUCAAUAUCAUACAGCUACAACUGAGCCAACAAGGGUUAACCACAGCAACUGUGCCCACUGUCCCUUCUUUAGUUACACCCUCCUUCACUACUGGUACGCGUCCUACGACAAGUACAACAUCUAAUGUAACUUCGCCUUCAAGCACAACAGCUGGUGCACAAAAUGCAACCACCAAUGCAACAAUAGGUAGUCUCACAACACAGCUCAACCAACUGCUCACCUCCAUAAAUUCAACAAAUCAAGCGAUUGCGGCUCUACAGUCCAUUCAAGUUACACUUAAUAAUCUUGCAGGGGUAGUUAAUGCCUCACUUAAUGGUAGAAGGAGGAAGCGUGAUACCACAGCAUAUGUCCAGACGAUUAUACAAGUUGUCAUCAGCUUGCAGACCGCGAUAGGAGCAGGUAACGACUCUGGCAUAAUUAUUCUAGUCGUCCAGCUCAACUACUGGCAAACCCAAGUGAGAACAGAUACACAACUGAUAGCCAGUGGACAACUUCAACCCUCUUCAGGCCUUUUAGCAGCUGUGCAGGCAUCAACUUAUAACAUAGGACCUUGCUUGUCCGCUGCGCAAGGGAGACGAGCUCAGCAGACUAAUAGUAUUAACAAUAUACAAGCACAACUUCAAGAGCAAGGGAUAUCCACAGUCACGGUGCCCACCGUCCCACCUGUGGUUGUAACAACUAUCCCAACUGUCAUUGUAAGUGUAACCCCUAGUGGAAUGACGCCUGCAGGAACAUCAGCACCGCCAGCUUCAUCAGCACCGCCAGGUUCUACAGCACCACCAGGUUCAACAGCACCACCAGGUUCAACAGCACCACCAGGUUCAACAGCACCACCAGGUUCAACAGCACCACCAGGUUCAACAGCACCGCCAGGUUCAACAGCACUGCCAGGUUCAACAGCACCACCAGGUUCAACAGCACCACCAGGUUCAACAGCACCGCCAGGUUCAACAGCACCGCCAGGUUCAACAACACCGCCAGGUUCAACAACACCGCCAGGUUCAACAACACCGCCAGGUUCAACAACACCGCCAGUUUCAACAGCACCGCCAGGUUCAACAACACCGCCAGGUUCAACAACACCGACAGGUUCAACAACACCGACAGGUUCAACAACACCGACAGGUUCAACAACACCGACAGGUUCAACAACACCGACAGGUUCAACAACAACGACAGGUUCAACAACACCGACAGGUUCAACAGCAACAUCUUCAAAUUCAACAAUAACUGUCUUAUCAUCAUCAACGAUCAACGGGACGUCAACAAACUCGACAGGAAGGUAAUACAUGCACAACAACAACAACAACAACAACAACAACAACAACAACAACAACAACAACAACAACAACAACAGCCACUGGUAUUAAAACUAGCCAGAAGACCACCACUGUAAAUACAUCCUGACGUAUACCCACUUUGCCCACAACAACGUAUCAAACACCCACUGCAACACCCACCGUAAACACUACCAGAUCUGGGUAUAAACUACCCACUAGACGAACACAGUGCCCACUACAAUGUCUGGCAUUCAAAUGGGGAUACCCAGUGUAACUUCUACCAGAUCUGGGUAUUCAAGAAUGCCCACCAUAGCCGCUGUUACCUUCUGUAAUCUCGUCGAAGGUUUAACAAAAGUCUAUGGUAACUUAAUACAUUAUUACAUAGAUAAUGCAAUAACAACGUCAAGAUCAGAUCAACAACAGUUGAAUCACAUGGUCAACAACAGCAACAACAACAAAAACACUUCAUGUUCAAUACAUGGAACCCUCGGCAUAAAAAAAGUAAAAAAAAAAAAAAAGAAAUCUCUUGUCAAUAUAUGAUUCAAUGUAUAAAUAAAUUAUAUGUUUACAAAUUCUGUAA